GGAAAGUAACCGGGAGACAGGCUGACAGGUGUCGCGGAAGUUUACGCUCGCAUCCCUCCGCGUCUCUUGGUCAGUAUCUGGAAUAAGGAGGCUGUGACUGGCGGUCAUUCGGCUCCGGCUGAUCCCGUGGUUGUCCCAGCCUCGGCCCCCUGAGCACCGACACCUGCGAUUCUCCUCCUCCUCUUCCUCAUCCUCUUCCUCCCCCUCUUUGACCAGCAGCAGCUCAGCGUGGCGAGGCCAGGGACAAUGGGACGCAAGCUGGACCUGUCGGGCCUAACAGACGACGAGGCAGAGCAUGUGCUGAAAGUGGUUCAGCGUGACAUGAAGCUGCGGAAGAAGGAGGAGGAGAGGCUGAGUGAGAUGAAGCAGGAGCUCACGGAGGAAGGCAGCAGAUGCUCCAUCCUCUCCAAGCAGCAUCGUUUCAACGAGCACUGCUGCAUCCGCUGCUGCGCGCCCUUCACCUUCCUGUUCAACACCAAGCGCCAGUGCCUGGAUUGCCAGUACAACGUGUGCAAGACCUGCUGCACCUACAGCAAGAGGGAGCGAGCCUGGCUUUGCUCGGCGUGCCAGAAGGGCAGGGUUUUUAGGACGCAGUCGCUUGAAUGGUAUUACAACAACGUGAAGAGCCGCUUCAAGAGGUUCGGUAGCGCCAAGGUUCUGAAAACUCUGUACAGGAAGCACAUCAUCGAGAGAGGAGCGUUCUCUGAUCUCCCAGAAAGCAGCGUUCACGACGGAAGCAACGACAACGAUGGCAGCGUCUGCGGCAGCGACUCCGUCUUCUACAAGCAGAGUGAAGGACACAGUAUGGCCGAGACGCUCACAGUCGCCCUGCGUGUUGCUGAGGAAGCUAUAGAGGAGGCCAUCGCUAAGGCGGAGGAGUUCCGGGACAGUUUGGAGAAGCAGAAUGAGGCUCGAUAUCUGCGGGACCACAAAGAUGAGCUCAUAGAGGAACUCGCGACAACGAUUGUGCAGAAGAUCAUUCAGAGGAGGAAGCGAUCAGAGAUGCAGACAGAGUAUGACUUUGUCUGGCCACAACCUCAAUCUCUAGUCCAGUCCGGUGAGCUGCCAUCUCCUUCUCAACCUCACACUUCAUCACAGGACCCUCUGAAGAACCCCUACCCUCUGUGGCGGUCCCGGUCAGCGUUCUCCCUCACAAGUGACGACUCCCCAGAGAAAGGUCCAGAGGAGGAGGAGGAGGCGGCAGCUGCUGCUGCUGCUGGUGGAGGCGCUCUGCAGGAGUACGCUUCUCUAAAGAGGGAGGGCAAGGCUGCAUCGCUACCCGGCUGGAAAAGCAUGGAUCGCUUGGACAACUCAAGCGCAUCCUCGGUGCUGCAUAGCCCGGACGGAAACUGGAUCGCUCUGCACAGCUCGCAGCUCUCCCGGCCCAGUCUGCUCACCAAGAGGAAGAGCCUGGUGUUCAGCGUCCUGGAGAAGGAGUCCAGGGUGGUCUCUGCGUACGACGAGAUGGGCUCCGACUCGGAGGAGGAAGACGAGGAUGAUGAUGGCGGGUGGGGCGCAGCACUCCAACAGUUUCGCCGCAAAUUGUCCGAUGAGACUUACUACACGGACUCGCAGCACGACCCUGAGUGGACUUACACCCAGCACCCUGCUGUUACCUCGCCGUCCUCUGGCCUGUACACCAACACGGAGACCCUCAACUCGGACUCCGAGGCUUCGUCGGUUCUGUCUGCGUGUCCUCGCAAACCCACUCACAACUUAUUGAGGAGGAAGGGACCGGCGGACUCUCAGCUGCAUCCUCGCCAGCAGCCGUUGUACCAUCCGCCCCUCCAGCAGAGCUUAUCCCAACACUCAGCCCACACAGAGGCGCUGGAUGUGAACUUUAACCCCAAGCAGGUGACGGGAGACAGCAGCGACGCGGACGACAAGCAGUGUGUCCGAAGAUCACGGAGACGCAGGAAAAGUAGAAAGGAGUCGUCAACGGACCAGAACAAACCCGGAGGUCCGAACCAUGCACAGUCCAUCUACCCCUUAGCACAGGAGAACAGUGGUUUUCUACUCAACGCUCUGCUGAAGAGAGGUUUAAGUGAGGAGCAGCCGGUGCCUGACGGUACGCUAGCAGCACCAGCUGCACCAGACGGCCUCAAACUAGAUGCCCUGACAGCAGGAGAGCCAGAGCCCUCAGACAUGGUAGCUCCAAAUUCUCCACCGCCCAACUCUGCUCAGCUUGACUCCAUGUCCCCGGGGCCAGAGAUCGUCUCCAGGAGUCCGGGGCCUGGAUCUGGCUCUGGAGAUUCUCUGGAAGUGGAAAUACGAUCUAAGCUCAGUCGGCUGGUCAGCCGAGGGAACAGCAAAGACGGCGUUUCAUCCGACGAGGAGGACAAGCAGACGGAGAAAGAAAGCGAGAGGCAGAAAGAGAAAUCGAGACCAAGAGAAACGGAGAGGCAAAGGCAGCGUGCAAGUGUCAAGAGAGAGAAAGAAAGUGGAGCGACGGAACAGGUGAACGGGCAGCAGAUGAAACGGGCUCCCGGAUUAGCAAAGAGCGCCUCGGCGCGAGAGGAAACGGGAGCUCAGGAGAGGAGGUUAGAGAAAAGAGCGGAGAGUUUCGUAGAGAGAGUAGCCGAGAAGGAGCAGAAAAGAGGAGAGGUGAACAGAGUAAGUAAGAAACAGCGCAAGAGAGAUGGAGAGAAGGAGGCGGCGCACAAAGGUGGAGCCAGGAGGAGCGGAUCCAGUGCAAGUUCCCCUGCUGUUUCUCCUUCUUCCCAGGAGGGGGGGCUGUCAAACAACCAGGUGGGACAGAAUGACUUGGAACAACAACAGAGGCUUCAGUUGCUCUCUUCCGUCUUGCAGCAGCAAAAGUAUUCAGCAGCCUCACUGUGCAGCAUCACCACAGAAGUGCUGAAGGUCUUGAACGCCACAGAGGAUCUGAUUGGAGAGGCUGGCGGUGAGAGCUACACCCCGUCCGAGUCCAUGAGUGCCUCUCCCAUAUCCAGCAGCUCCGAGACACGCAGGCUGGACCAGAGGCUUACCAAGAUGGAGGAGAAUGUGUACCUCGCUGCUGGAGCUGUGUAUGGCCUGGAGGGGGCGCUAGGAGAACUGGAGCAAUGUGCGCGCAGUAUUAGCAGUGGGACCACAGAUACUGAUCUGGCCUUCCUGGAGGACCAGGUCGCCACUGCGGCAGCUCAGGUCCAGCAGUCUGAACUACAGAUAUCAAACAUCGAGGCCAGAAUUUCAGCUCUGAAAACAGCUGGGUUAAAUGUGACUGUCUGCAAUCGCUUCUCAAAGAUAAAGCCAAAGUCCAAGCCUGAAACACUGGACUCGUCGCGCCAUCAGAGAAGGAAACUCCCAGCACCUCCAUUAAAAGAAAAGUUGGAGUCAGAGCAGCAGGUUAAAGCUCUUCGGCCAUAGAGACAAGCAGCAGCACAAGUCCCUCAGGGCCAUUUUACAGAGCCUCAGGGACAGGGGCCCUUCACAUCCAGUGCCUUGACCCAGCAUCUGCCUCCAGCUCUAGGCCAAGCAAGGGCUGACACCCACCCUGCGUUCUCCACCCUCAGCCAACCUCAACAGCUGCACCUCACAGGAAAACAUUAAAGGCUGUUUCUCUUUUUCACCAUUAACCUUCAGUAUUUCUUUCCUCAAUGCACACAUGUAAAAGCUGACUUAGCAUUUGGUGUAUCUGCCUUAAAAUCUGCAAACAAUCCUCAUGCUACAUACAACUCACAGAAUAUAUAUAAAUAUAUAUUCAUCUGUACAGACAAAGAAGAAUGCAUUACCGUUCUAUAUCUGUUUGCGGUGUUGUUACUAAAUGUAAGAUGAAGCUGUGGAAAGAUUGUGUGAGACUCUCUGUGAUUCAGUAUUAUCAAAAGACCGGACAGUUUUUAUGCUGUCUUGUGUUUUUAGUUCCCAAGUAAACUGGUAAAAAGAAAACAGGUAUUUAUCCACCCUCCAACUCCCAUAAAUUUUUUUCUUUUUUUUUUUUUCAUUUUUCAUUUUACACACUUAUAUAAGAUGGCGGUUACACUUAAACCUUUAGUAUUUCAACAAUUUAAAAUCAGAUCAUUGCACUCACAGUACCUGAAAACAGUGUUUAAGAUAUGCAAAGUAUCUGGGCCAAAACGUGGAAGAACUUUUCCUACCACUGCAACGUGCAGAAGCUAAAACAAAUGGAAAGCACAUUUGUGAUAUUGUUCAAUCUACUGUUGAUGUACAGAUUAGAACGAAAUAUUCAUAUAAUUGCAGUAUAGUUUAGAUGCCAAUGUUCUAAUUUCGGAGGAAGCUAAUUGAUAUCCAGCAUCCAGUUAAGUCAAUGUUCCUUCAAUAGCCAGUUAUGUCGUGCUCCGUUCCUUCUAUAAAUUGUGAACACAGAUCUGGGGUUCAUAUCACACCCCAGGUCGAAUUUUUUCAUGUGUCAAAUUGGAAGACCAGUGGGAUUUGUCGUAUUGUCGUAGGCUAUCUGUACUAAUCUUUAUUUUAUGUGUUCAAACACUAAAGCAAUGUGUUUCCAAACAGAAGUUUACAGUAUGCUGUUGGUUUAAUGAGAGAGAAUCUGACAACAAGCUCAUGAAUAGUUUAUAGCCAAGCAUCUACUUUCACUGUAUUUUAUAUGCAUGGCAGCCAUAUUGGAUAUUGAGCUCAGGGCGAUUUGUUGAUCUUCAAUUCUCCAAAACAAAAUUUUCCCUUCUUAGGGUGUUCUUAUUGUAUUUUUGUUUAAAUUGUAACUCAAAAAAAAUAUCAAAUUUCUUAUUACAGCACUGCAUAGAGGAAGGGGGAACCAGCUAGCUUAAGUUCAAUAUUAUAGUUAAUUGAAGAAAGUGGCUUUUGCUAAAUACAACAAAGUAAAAGUAAGGUGAAAUAAAUAACUUAUUCUACCAUAAUUAAAUUCCAAUGUGUCUUUCUUGAAGAUCAAUUGUAUAUGUAAACACGAUUUAUACUAAACUUGGUGAAGGCCAAGGAAGCUCUAACAGCCAGUUAGCUUUGCUAUGCAUGGGAAAAAGGGGAAGAGCCAACCUAAAGAGAUGAUGCAGAUGAGAUAGAUAAUAUAAGUCCAGUAUGUCUGACUUUAAGAUCACUUUGAGUCUAGAUAUAGUGCAUGCUAAUUAUACUGAAACAAAUGGGCAGUCAGCAACUUAAGCAAAUGAAUUGUCAUCAGUUAGCUUAUCUAUGCACACAGGAAGUGGGAAACAACUAGCCUAAAUCUGAUGUCGAUGAAAUAAAGAUCUUAUUCUACCAUAGUUGGAGCCCAGUAUGUCUUUAAUCAGGGCGAAUUUGGAUCCACAUAGAAAGUGUUAUAAAUACAAUCAUGUCUGUAGGUAUCACAGCUAGUGACUCUCCAUCUGUUGACUUAGCUAAGCAUUAGCACUGAUGAAGUAGGACACAAGCUAGUUCAAUUAGCAAGACUAUUUCUGUUGAUGAAAUAGACUAAAUGCAUAACGCAUGAUAAUCUGCUGACAAAAAGUCAGCAACUAAAGCAAGAAAUUAAUUAAUUUCUUGUUGGGUGGCCAAAAGUUGAAAAAGUGACUAGGCUUGGAAAAAAAAGCAACUGCGAAUGACUUCAGGGUCUCCUUUUAGAAAUGUUAAGCUAAUGUGAAUCUUUGGUUUCUUAUUUUGUAAAAUGGCAACAAUUUACAACUGCCCUAAAAUAUAUUCCUUAAAUUAAAGUUGGAGCACUGAUCGUUUUCAAUGAAUCCCAAACCAAAAAGAAUUUUCUGCGUGAUCUAAAACCAAGAUGAACACGGUACCACUGAAAUAAUAAUAAUAAUAAUAAUAAUAAUAAUAAUAAUAAUAAUAAUAACAACAACCUUAGUUUAACCAGGUUUGUCCCAUUCAGCUCAAAAGAUCUCUCUUAAAAAGACAGACAGUUGAAAAAUUGAGGUCUGACGUUCAGUGAAAAAAAUAAAGUUCUCUGUAGAAUUUAUUUUUACAUUCUUUGUUUUCAACUUUGUGGCCUUUCUUUUUAAAUAAAACAUUUGUUUUUGUUGUAUUCUUUUCCGGGUCAUAGCUGAACAUUUGUGUUGUAAUCAUAAAAAUCUUGUUGAGAUUUUUACACAACAUCUAAUGGGCUAUAUUAUAAAUGUCAUGAAAACACGAUUUUGUUACAAACAGUUUAUUUUUGUACUUGCAGAACAUUUUUAUGCAAUAUCGCAGAAACAAGGACUAUUACAAAUUAAAGGCUUUUAUCCUGUCCUCUAAGAACCCCUAAUUAACUCUACCAGACUCGUGGUGAUUCAAACUGCUUUCAGUGUAAGCCUUCAUUUAUCAGCAGUGGUGACAUGAGUGUUACAAAAACAGGUUGCUACAAAAGGCAUGUUUAUAGUGGCCAGUGUGAUUCACACUGGACUUGUAUACUCCUUAGACACUAGAUUUGAGAAGACUGCCUUUCAUUCUGGGUAACUUUUCUUUACUCGGUGACGACUUACAUAAAUCAGAAUCUGAUUUAGCCAUGCACUUGGUUGUUGUUUUUUUUUGCUUUGGCGAAAUAUAAAAACAGGGUUGGAUGUCCUGAUGGACUACAUAAAAGAUGCGAUGAUGCUCUGUGUGAAUGCUCUUCCCUCUUCUAUUAGUGACCUUUUCAUCGCAGCCUUUCACAUCUUUCAGUUUGCACACACUGAUUCUGUACUUUUGUCGGUCUUGUUCUCCAAAAAGGUGUUGUAGUAUAAAAAGCAUGUUUCUGGUUUUAUGGGAUCGGUGUAAAGUUUUUCAUGAAAAGCACAUCUGCAAGGGUCCAAUCAUCGGUGUCCUGUAUUUUUCUAAUGUAAAGAACAAUAAUAUGUCAUCAAAAAUGUUUGUUAAUGUAUGUAUAUGUGUUAAGAAGAGAUGGAUAUUAUAUAGUGCAACAUGUUUAUUGCCCGGUCGGUUCUUUCAGUGUUGUGUGCAAGAGACUGUAAAAAUUGCUAUAACUUGUGAGGCUGGAUUCAUGCAGGAAGUUAAAAUUAUAGCUGUGAGACGCCAGCAAUCUCAUCUUGUACUGGGAUUCUUGAAAAUGAAAGUGAACGGCGUGGAAACAGACACUGCUUUUGUUCCUGUUUCAAUCCAGUCUGAGCAACACUGUGCACAGCUCCAAAGGCGGGCCAUUCACUUUUUUUUUUAAUGUGUAAUCGUUUGUUGCAAUCCAUAUGAGAUUUUGGGGAAAAUAUUAAAAUGCAAAAAAUACAGAUUCUCUAUGUGCCACAAUACUCAGAAAUAAAAUGUAUUAUGAAAUAAAAUUUGCAAACUUGAAGGAAA